AUGUUAGCGGAAUAAAUGGAGCUGCGUACUACAAAUAUCUGUAUGAAAAACUUCAAGUCCCGUCUUCCGGAUGUGACGUUCUAUUCGCGGGAAAGUGAAGCAGCGUGUGGACCCCGCGGGAGUGUUGUCGGAUUCUCUGGCUCUGUUUCUGAAAAGAUGCUGUCUGGACUGCACUAUCCUGGCUGUCCUGAAGCCAGACUGCGGUCUCUGAGAGAAAAGCUGCCCUGCAGGGAGGUGCAGGCAGGGACGCUGCUGGCAAUCAUGGGUGAGCCUGAGCAGUACUGCUAUCCCUCCAUCUUCAUCUAUGGCCAUCGAGCCACAGGAAAGAGUCAUGUGAUUCUCACACUGCUGAAAGAAUUGGAGCUUCCCCAUGCGGCAGUGAGCUGUGUGGAGUGUGUAUCUGCAGGGCUGCUGUUUGAGCAGACGCUGUUGGCUUUGUUUGGUGCGGACUCAGCCGCUCUGCUCCCUCGCUUGCCCUCUCUUUCUGACUUUGUGCGAGUCUACAGACAAGUCUGUGCCCAGCAACCUGCCAAACAGACCCGAUACAUAGUUUUGGAAAGAGCGGAGCUCCUCAGAGAUAUGGAAGCCAAUCUGCUGCCUGGUCUGUUGCGCCUACAGGAACUGGUGGAUGAUAAUGUGGCUGUAAUCCUGCUCAGUGAGAUCGUGUGGGACAAGUUUCGGCCAAACACUGGCUGCUUCGAGCCUCUGCUGCUGCACUUCCCCGAUUACACUAAAGCGGAACUCCUGCAGAUUCUGUCACUUGACAGUAACCCAUCCUACACACCUGAACUGUACUCGUCCUACAUCAACAUCCUGCUGGGAGUCUUCUACUCGGUCUGCAGAGACCUGAGGGAGCUACGACACCUGGCUGCCCUCAAUUUCUCCAAGUUCUGCGAACCUCUAGAGAAAGGAGAAGCCAAAGAGGGCAAUACACACAAACUGUGGAGGAACAUUGAGCCGCAUCUGAAGAGAGCCAUGCAGACCGUGUACCUGAGAGAGGUGUCCAGUGUUCAGUGGGGGCAGCAGCAGAUGGAUGAGAAGGAGGCUACAGCUUUAAGAGGUUUAUCAGCUCUUGCUCAUGUGGAGCUGCCGUAUUACUCCAAGUUCCUUCUGAUUGCGGCCUAUCUGGCCUCAUAUAAUCCGGCCCGGACUGACCGCCGAUUCUUCGUCAAGCAUCAUGGGAAAAUGAAGAAAACCAGUUUCUUGAAGAAACAUGAAAAGACUAGUAACCAUCUGUUAGGACCGAAGCCAUUUCCUUUGGACAGACUGUUGGCCAUCUUCUACAGCGUGGUGGACAGCAGAGUGGCGCCAACAGCCAGCGUGUUCUCCCAGAUUUCCUCUCUGGUCACCCUGCAGCUCCUUACUCAGGUUGGACAUGACGACCAGCUGGAUACACCCAAGUACAAGUGUGCUGUCUCCCUGGACUUCAUUCUUGCGAUCUCUAGAACGGUGAGCUUUGACAUUGUGAGGUAUCUCUAUGACUUCAUAUGAAGACCUCGUUUGUCUGGGCAAGAGGCAGGCAUCUGAUUGGACAAUGCUUUGUCCAAUGGCCAGCCGGACUAGCGAGCUGAUGGGAGAAUGUUGUCAGCUCUAUGCUCACAGUGGCUGAUUUUUAGGACAUGUGGGUGGGGAAAAAAAGCUUCUUAAUUCCCUCCAGGCUGGACUGCAUUUCAGAAAACUUGCUUUUGCUUCCUUUAACUGUCUGUUUUUCAGAAACCAUUGUGAGGUUGUGCACAGGUUGUUCUAAAGAAAUUUAGAUUUUGCUUUUCAGUUUCCGUUUAAUGUUUAAACCACUAAGCACUGUAGAUAUUCUGAAAGGUAAAUAUUUGCGUAAGGAAGGAAGAUUUUUUUUUUUUUGUUGUUUGUUUUUGGAAUUGGAAUAGGUCCUAAGUGCCAGUAUUAGAGGUGUUUAAAACUGGGCAUGUCUGAAAUGAACAAGGCAUACUACUGUGUAGUGGCCAUAGCAGAUUUUUUUGACAUGGUUUUGUGAUGAAUGGAUAAAUCAGUCGAUCCAUCAGUAAAUAAAUAAAUAUAUAUUGCAUUAUA